UUCACUUAUGAGGAAGUGAAACUCAGACAGUCGUUGUGACUGAGAGGUGAAAUGGCGCAGAAAGGAGCUCAGCUGGACCGGGAAACUUUCUCUUGUUCCAUCUGUCUGGAUCUACUGAAGGAUCCGGUGACUACUUCUUGUGGACACAGCUACUGUAUGAAGUGUAUUAAAACACACUGGGAUGGAGAGGAUAGAAAGGGAAUCUACAGCUGCCCUGAGUGCAGACAGACGUUCACACCGAGGCCUGUCCUGCUGAAAAACACCAUGUUAGCAGUUUUAGUGGAUGAGCUGAAGAAGACCGGACUCCCAGCUGCUCCUGCUGACCUCUGCUAUGCUGGACCAGAAGAUGUGGCCUGUGAUGUCUGCACUGGGAGAAAACUGAAAGCUUUCAAGUCCUGUCUGCAGUGUCUGGCCUCGUACUGUGAGAAACACCUUCAGCCUCAUUAUGAAUCACCGAGAUUUAAGAAACACAAGCUGGUGGAGCCCUCCGAGAAGCUCCAGGAGAACGUCUGCUCUCGUCACGAUGAGGUGAUGAAGAUGUUCUGCCGUACUGAUCAGAAGUCUAUCUGUUAUCUCUGCUCUGUGGAGGAACAUAAAGGCCACGACACGGUCUCAGCUGCAGCAGAACGGACGGAGAAGCAGAAAGAGCUGGAGGUGAGUCGACAAAACAUCCAGCAGAGAAUCCAGGACAGAGAGAAAGAUGUGAAGCUGCUUCAACAGGAGGUGCACAACAUCAAUCGCUCCGCUGAUAAAACAGUGGAGGAUGGUGAGAAGGUCUUCACUGAGCUGAUCCGUCUCUUGGAGAAAAGAAGCUCCGAGGUGAAGCAGCAGGUCAGAUCCCAGCAGGACACUGAAGUGAGUCGAGUCAAAGAGCUUGAGGAGAAGCUGCAGCAGGAGAUCAGAGAGCUGAAGAGGAAAGACGCUGAGCUGAAGAAUCUCUCACACACAGAGGACCACAACCAGUUUCUGCACAGCUACCCCUCACUGUCAGCACUCAGAGAGUCUACAUCCAGCAUCCAGAUCCGUCCUCUGCGCUACUUUGAGGACGUGACAUGGGCUGUGUCAGAAGUCAGAGACAAACUACAGGACGUCCUGAGAGAGGAAUGGACAAAGCUCUCACUGACACUGACUGAAGUGGAUGUUUUACUGUCAGAUUCACCAGCAGAGCCCACGACCAGAGCUGGAUUCUUAAAAUAUUCAUGUGAGAUCACACUGGAUCCAAACACAGCACACACACGGCUGUUAUUAUCUGAGGGGAACAGAAAAGCAACAUGCAUGAGUAAUAAUCAGUCUUAUCCAAGUCACCCAGACAGAUUCACUUCAUAUAUUCAGGUCCUGAGUAGAGAGAGUCUGACUGGACGUUGUUACUGGGAGGUGGAGUUGAGAGGGGGUGGAGUUGAUGUAGCAGCUUCAUACAAGAACAUCAUCAGAGGGGGGAAUGACUCUAGAUUUGGAUGCAAUGACAAAUCUUGGUCAUUACAAUGUUGCAAACAAAGUUCUACAUUUAUGUACAACAACAUCAACACUCCCGUCUCAGGUCCUCACUCCUCCAGAGUGGGAGUGUACCUGGAUCACAGAGCAGGUAUUCUGUCCUUCUACAGCGUCUCUGACACCAUGACUCUCCUCCACAGAGUCCAGACCACGUUCACUCAGCCGCUCUAUGCUGGACUUCGGCUUUAUAUCAGUAAUGGAGACACUGCUGAGUUCUGUAAACUCAAAUAACCAAAAUAAUUUAAAGGAUGCAGGUUAAAAUGUGUUUUAACUUGUACAGCUCCCAUAUUGUUCACCUUUGUUGUGUUUUAUAAGAAUAUACAUUUGUGGUUUUACCUUCUAAAACCAUCUCAGAUCAGUUGUUCAUCUGCUCUCUCAGCCUCCUUCUGCAGCUCCAGCAACACAGAUCUCUGUCUCAUUAAUAUUCAAGGUCCUUUCUUUUGAUUGGCUGACAGUCUUGACUGACACACGGCCAGGCUAACCUCAGUUAACGGUUUGCAGCCUCGGUAAAAUUCACCGGUGAAUGCAAAAAGACGAUGGCCACCGCUGAGGAAGAUGUUCUCAGACUUUACAUGUUAGAGCCUGAUGAUGCUUCCCUCUGACUCAAACAUGAAAUAUAUUACUGGUUCACUUACAGGUUGCAGAUUUGGAGUCUGACAUGAUAAUGUGGAUACUGCCAUAUCCUAUAGGAGCAGCUUCUUUGAGUGACAGAUUUUUAGGAAGCAGUCAGAAAAUAUAUUUUCACAGUAUUUUUAUUGCAAAAACACCUGCUUUAUAAUCACAAGACUUGUAACUCAUGUUUUCUACAAUAUGGGACCUUUAAACUGAUUUCUUUCCAUGUUUGUUGCUGAGAGCUCAACGUUGUGGCAUUUCUUCUCUGCAGAGAUCAGCUGUCAAUCAAACAUUAUGGGCGGGGCUUUGACAUCUGUAAUAAUGGUGUUCUGUAAAUGUUUGACUUUCCUUCCUGUGUCUGUUGAGCCACGGAGGCUUUCACUGCUCAUGAUGACUGUUGUUCACCUCAACUCAUAUUUCUCUGCAUGAAAAUAUCAAUGUCUCUGAGCUCCAAAUGUUUGUUGAAUAUUCGUAUGUUGUUGUUUUUCUUUUACUGCAUGGGUCUGAAAAGAGGAAGCUCCAGAUAUUCAAAGAAAAUGUGUAAAAAAAAAACUAGAAUUAUAUCUUCAUUUAUUUGUUUGUUAGACCAAAUGUUGCUGUUAUAAUCUAAGUACAAAUGAGGCUCUAUGAUGUAUUAUAAAACUAUAAUUAUCAUGUUCAUAAUCAAUAAGGAAAUAAUCAUCUUGUAUAUCUCUGAGAUUCUGAUCAAACUAAUUGAUUGUGUGGAUGAAGUGAAUCUGUACAAGAAAUCACUGAACAAAAUCAUUUAACAAACUCCACUGAUGGGAUGUGUGAACAAACUGUUUAAUCAAUAAACAAACAUAAACAAAGUAUUUUCUUCUGGUCUUAAUUCCAGGGUUUGAUAUAAAGCUGAUGGAUAAAUGAUGAGACUAAUAUGAGAUAUAACUGAGGCUGUUCUCCUCCUGAAACAACACAAAGUUCACUGUUCAUGUUGAGAGCAGAAGAACAUUUGUCAGUCAGUCUCUCAUUUCUCCGACAAAAGCUGUUUUAAUGAGGAAAGUUCAAAGGUCAGAGUUUUCUAUCACUUGUUGCUUUUACAGCCAAGAU